GUUUCUGCUGUCGGAAGUGCCUUGGGCCUGCAAGAUGGCGGCAUCCAAGGUGAAGCAGGACAUGCCCCCGCCAGGGGGCUAUGGUCCCAUCGAUUACAAGCGGAACCUGCCCCGCCGGGGAAUAUCGGGCUAUAGCAUGUUUGCCAUUGGCAUUGGGGCGAUGUUGUUUGGCCACUGGAGUAUGAUGAAGUGGAACCGAGAACGGAGACGUUGGCUGAUUGAAGACUUGGAAGCCCGAAUUGCAUUGAUGCCACUGUUGCAGGCAGAGGAGGAUCGGAGGAAGCUGCGUAUGUUGAGAGAGAACCUGGAGGAGGAGGCUAUAAUCAUGAAAGAUGUUCCUGGCUGGAAGGUGGGUGAGUCUGUCUUCCAUACUACCCGAUGGGUGCCUCCAACCUUGGGUGAGCUGUACAGUCUACGGACCCAAGAGGAGCGGGUCCACGCUAACUAUGGCUUCAUGUGGUACACCUAACGGUGUGCCAAGGUCUGUCCAUCCCUUGGAGAGAUUAAAGGUUUACUUGAAAA